AUGGCUUUCGGGCUGCUGGGCUGGGUGGUGCUGUGUCUCCUGGGAGCAGGCCCCAUGGAAGCUGGAGUGACCCAGAUCCCGAGACACCUCAUCGCAGGGACCGGGAGGCAGAUGACACUGCUUUGUUCUCAGGAUGUGAACCGCGACGCUAUGUACUGGUACCGACAAGACCCAGGGCUGGGUCUAAAGCUGAUCUACUCUUCAAGGAACGUUCAGUUUACUGAAGAGGGAGAUGUCCCUGAUGGGUACUGGGUCUCUCGGAAAGAGAAGAGUAAUUUCCCCCUGGCCCCAACCCUGGAGUCGGCAGGCACCAACCACACCUCGCGGUACCUCUGCGCCAGCAGUUUAGAACGGAGGGGUCAUCCCCGCCAUCUCUCAGAGACACCUAGUCCCGCAUCUCCUACCCUGCGCCUUUUGAACUCACAAGUGACUCAAACCCCAAGACAUCUCAUCAAAAAAGUGGGAGCAAAAGUUUUGUUGAAAUGUUCACAGAAUAUGGACCAUGAAAGAAUGUUCUGGUAUCGACAAGACCCAGGUCUGGGGUUGCGGCUCCUCCACUGGUCAUAUAAUAUUGACAGUAUGGAGACAGGAGACAUCCCUUACGGGUACAGUGUCUCUAGGAAGAAGAAGGAUGCCUUCCCCCUGAUUCUGGAGUCUGCUCGCAUCAACCAGACAUCUGUGUACUUCUGCGCCAGCAGUUAG